AAGAAGCACCCCCAAUCAUAAACUGUAACCAAGGGAGCAAUUAUAAAAGUAGCUCGAUCUUCACUCAGAUUUCUUGUCAAAUAUUGAUAUCCAACCAUGGAUUCCAUUUCAGUGCCUUGCGUUUCCAUGCCCAACGACAAGAAGCUUCACAUAGCCCUUUUCCCAUGGCUAGCCUUUGGCCACAUGAUCCCCUACCUAGAGCUCGCCAAGCUCAUUGCUCAAAAGGGUCAUCGCAUUUCCUUCAUAUCCACCACGCGAAACAUUGAUCGCCUCCCAAAACUCCCUCCCAAUUUGGCUCCCCUCAUAGAUUUGGUUAAGCUUCCAUUACCUCACGUGGACAACCUCCCAGACAAUGCUGAAGCCACCAAUGAUGUCCCGUUAAACAGGGUCCCGUACCUCAAGAAGGCCUACGAUGCUCUCCAAGACUCCAUGACUCAGUUCUUACAAGACUCAAAGCCAGAUUGGGUUCUUUACGACUUUGUUCCUUACUGGUUGCCAGGUAUUGCCCGCAAACUAGGCAUCCCAAACGCUUUCUUCAGCAUAUUCACUGCCGCCACGCUAAGCUACAUUGGGCCAAAAGCCUAUUUUAGUGAGCGCAAGAACCCUGAGGACUAUGCUUUGCCACCCAAGUGGGUCCCAUUCCCAACCACGGUGGCACUUCGGUUCUUUGAGGUUAUGAAAAUAUUUAAUGGCGGUAUAACCUGCGAGGAGUCAAACGUGACAGAUUUUUAUCGUUUCGUGGAAGUGAUGGACGGCUGUGACAUAAUGGUUGUGAGAAGUUGCAUGGAGCUCGAGCCAGAGUGGCUACAACUGCAGGAGGAUCUUCAUCGGAAGCCGGUUAUUCCGGUUGGUCAACUUCCCACUACAGUGCAUGACAGCAGGGACAACGAAACCGAAACUUGGCUGUGGACGAAAGAUUGGUUGGACAAGCAAGCCAAAAGUUCGGUAGUGUACGUAGCAUUUGGGAGCGAGGCAAAGCCUACUCAAGAGGAACUCACCGAGAUAGCUCUUGGAUUGGAACAGUCCAAGGUACCCUUUUUUUGGGUACUAAGAACUCGAUGUGGAACAGUUGAUACUGGGUUGAUUGAGUUGCCAGAGGGGUUCGAGGAGCGAACCAAAGGACAAGGGGUGGUUUGUACGAGUUGGGCACCUCAGCUCAAGAUUUUAGCUCAUGACUCUGUGGGUGGCUUCUUGACUCACUCCGGUUGGAGCUCCGUGGUGGAGGCACUUCAAUUUGAGAGACCUCUCAUAAUCUUAACCUUUUAUGCAGACCAAGGAAUUAAUGCUAAGCUUUUGGAAGAAAAACAUAUUGGGUAUUUGAUACCAAGGAACGAGCAGGAUGGUUCCUUUACUAGGGACUCGGUGGCAAAGUCUCUAAGGCUGGUGAUAGUAGAGGAAGAGGGGAAGAUGUAUAGGGACAAGGCUAAGGAGAUGAAGGGACUGUUUGGAGACAAGAAGAGUCAGGAUAAGUACUUGGAUAGUUUCCUUGACUACCUAAAAUCCCAUCGUCGUCUCCAAAAUGGGAUCUAAAUAGUGAAAACCUUUGCAGUUGAAUAAUUUCUAACUAGUAGCCACCAGUGGGCGAAGAUCUCAAAAACUUCAAUAAUUAUCUUCCUUUCUUUACGUUAAAUAACUGGUGGUUACUGUACGUUUGUUUCAAUGUUUAUUUGUCUCAUCACUCGUAUGCGUUUCAAUUACGAGUGGGUUUGUUUUCCAUUUCAAGUGUGUUUGCAUAAAAAAUGAGGUUGCAGGAGAUGGUGAGGACCUUGUAGCGGAUUCUUUUUGUGUUACUCAUAAAAAGACUAGUGGAUCUCCUGAAA